AAUUUAAAUAUUCUGUGCUACACAAUUUUCUCUACGUAAUAUAAUUAUAUAUAUCAUUCUCUUCUCUUCUCCCAGUUUCAUUUUCCAGCGCACACUCUCUCUCUAGAUCUCUCGCUCACUCUCUCUCUCUAAAACUUCCUCUCGAGGGAGCGAAAGAGCUUUUAACGAAUCUCAAUUACAAAUCGCCUACACAUACACCUAUACACACAGAUAGGCGUGCGUAUCUGUGUCUAUAAUCUCGUCUCUCUCGCAGAUCUGAUCUCGCGCCUCGUUCACCAUGGCGGCCGCGAACGCUCCGAUCACUAUGAAGGAGGCGCUUACGUUGCCUAGUAUUGGGAUCAAUGCACAAUUCAUUACCUUUACGAAUGUUACCAUGGAAUCAGAGAAGUAUAUAUGUGUUCGGGAGACUGCACCACAGAACAGUGUUGUGAUUAUUGAUAUGAGCAUGCCAUCGCAGCCUUUGAGGAGGCCUAUUACUGCCGAUUCGGCUCUCAUGAAUCCGAAUUCGAGAAUUCUUGCUUUGAAAGCUUCACUUCCUGGAACUACUCAGGACCACCUACAAAUAUUUAACAUUGAGCUGAAAGCAAAGAUCAAGUCAUAUCAAAUGCCGGAGCAGGUGGUCUUUUGGAAGUGGAUCACACCCAAGUUGUUGGGUUUGGUCACUCAAGCAUCUGUUUAUCAUUGGUCGAUUGAAGGCGAGUCCGAUCCUGUAAAGAUGUUUGAUAGAACAGCUAACUUAUCCAACAAUCAGAUCAUAAAUUAUAGAUGUGAUCCUUCAGAGAAAUGGUUGGUUCUGAUUGGAAUUGCUCCUGGCUCACCUGAUAGGCCCCAAUUGGUAAAGGGCAACAUGCAACUUUUUUCUGUGGAUCAGCAGCGCAGUCAAGCUCUUGAAGCACAUGCAGCCUCAUUUGCUUCAUUUAAGGUUCAAGGGAAUGAGAAUCCUUCAAUUCUCAUUUCUUUUGCUACAAAAAGCUCUAAUGCUGGACAGAUUACAUCAAAGUUGCAUGUUAUUGAGCUCGGUGCUCAGCCAGGAAAAGUGGCUUUUACAAAGAAACAAGCAGACCUGUUCUUUCCUCCUGAUUUUAACGACGAUUUUCCAGUUGCUAUGCAGAUAUCCCAUAAAUACAGUUUAAUCUAUGUGAUCACCAAGUUGGGACUUCUAUUCGUUUAUGACCUUGAGACAGCAACUGCAGUCUACAGAAAUAGGAUCAGCCCAGACCCAAUUUUCUUGACAUCAGAAGCUUCGUCUGCUGGGGGUUUUUAUGCCAUCAAUAGACGAGGUCAAGUUUUGCUUGCUACUGUAAAUGAGGCUACUAUUGUCCCGUUUGUCAGUGGCCAAUUGAAUAAUCUUGAGCUUGCUGUCAAUCUUGCUAAAAGAGGAAACCUACCUGGUGCAGAGAACUUGGCAAUUCAGCGUUUCCAAGAGUUAUUUGCUCAAACGAAGUACAAGGAGGCUGCUGAGCUAGCUGCAGAAUCUCCUCAAGGAAUACUCCGUACCCCUGACACAGUUGCCAAAUUUCAGAGUGUUCCUGUACAAGCUGGACAGACCCCACCUCUGCUACAGUACUUUGGGACUCUACUAACAAAGGGAAAGCUAAAUUCAUUCGAGUCCAUAGAACUUUCUCGCCUUGUUGUGAAUCAAAAUAAGAAAAAUCUUUUGGAGAAUUGGUUGGCGGAGGACAAGCUUGAAUGUAGCGAGGAACUUGGGGAUCUUGUAAAGACUGUUGAUAAUGAUCUUGCCUUGAAAAUAUAUAUCAAAGCAAGAGCAACCCCAAAAGUUGUUGCUGCUUUUGCUGAAAGAAGAGAAUUUGACAAAAUUCUUAUAUACUCCAAGCAGGUCGGCUAUACACCUGAUUAUCUGUUCCUUCUGCAAACAAUCCUUAGAUCAGAUCCCCAGGGAGCUGUUAAUUUUGCACUUAUGAUGUCCCAGAUGGAGGGAGGUUGUCCAGUUGAUUACAACACUAUAACCGAUCUUUUUCUUCAGAGGAACCUGAUCCGGGAGGCAACAGCAUUUUUGUUGGACGUCUUGAAGCCAAAUUUGCCAGAACAUGCUUUCCUGCAAACUAAGGUUCUGGAAAUAAACCUUGUUACCUUCCCGAAUGUUGCUGAUGCUAUUUUGGCAAAUGGCAUGUUUAGCCAUUAUGAUCGUCCUCGGAUUGCCCAACUUUGUGAAAAAGCUGGUCUUUAUGUUAGAGCUCUUCAGCAUUACGCGGAGUUACCUGAUAUCAAACGUGUUAUUGUCAAUACCCAUGCUAUUGAGCCACAGGUUUGUCUUUCAUUCACGUGCUUGUGCUUGCUAUCAUCUUCUCGUGAUUUGUCCUUAGAAUAUAUCUCUUUGUUUCAGUCCCUUGUGGAAUUCUUUGGGACCUUAUCAAAAGAAUGGGCUUUAGAGUGCAUGAAGGACCUUUUACUUGUCAAUCUGAGAGGCAACCUUCAAAUUAUUGUCCAGGUUGCUAAAGAAUAUUCCGAGCAAUUGGGAGUUGAAGCUUGUAUUAAACUGUUUGAGCAAUUUAAGUCGUACGAGGGGUUGUACUUCUUCCUUGGGUCCUAUCUGAGCUCCAGUGAGGAUCCUGAGAUUCACUUCAAGUACAUUGAAGCAGCUGCUAAGACUGGACAAAUUAAGGAAGUUGAGCGUGUGACACGAGAAUCAAAUUUCUAUGAUGCGGAAAAAACAAAGAACUUUCUAAUGGAAGCGAAACUUCCAGACGCACGACCACUGAUUAAUGUUUGUGAUCGCUUUGGUUUCGUUCCAGAUCUUACACACUACCUAUAUACAAACAAUAUGCUUCGGUAUAUUGAAGGUUAUGUGCAGAAGGUCAAUCCCGGAAAUGCUCCUUUGGUUGUUGGGCAAUUGCUAGAUGAUGAGUGUCCUGAAGAUUUCAUUAAAGGUCUGAUCCUAUCUGUUCGAUCUCUACUUCCAGUUGAACCCCUGGUUGAUGAGUGUGAGAAAAGGAAUCGCCUUCGUUUACUUACUCAGUUCUUGGAGCAUCUUGUGAGUGAAGGAAGUCAAGAUGUACAUGUUCACAAUGCUCUUGGUAAAAUCAUCAUAGAUAGCAACAACAACCCAGAACACUUCCUCACUACCAACCCGUAUUACGAUUCACGCGUGGUUGGAAAAUACUGUGAGAAGCGUGACCCUACACUUGCUGUGGUUGCUUACCGGAGAGGUCAAUGUGAUGAUGAAUUGAUUAAUGUUACGAACAAGAACUCUUUGUUCAAAUUGCAGGCCAGGUAUGUUGUCGAAAGGAUGGAUGGAGAUCUCUGGGACAAAGUUCUUAAUCCUGAAAAUGAAUACAGAAGACAGCUCAUUGAUCAAGUUGUUUCUACUGCUCUUCCUGAAAGCAAGAGCCCUGAGCAAGUAUCUGCCGCUGUCAAAGCUUUCAUGACUGCUGAUCUUCCUCAUGAGCUCAUUGAGCUGCUGGAAAAGAUAGUGCUUCAGAAUUCUGCAUUCAGUGGCAACUUUAAUCUGCAGAACUUGCUUAUCUUAACUGCUAUUAAGGCUGAUCCAUCUAGGGUAAUGGACUACAUUAAUAGGCUGGAUAAUUUUGAUGGACCUGCCGUUGGGGAGGUGGCAGUGGAAGCCCAGUUGUAUGAAGAGGCUUUUGCAAUUUUUAAGAAGUUUAACUUGAAUGUCCAAGCUGUCAACGUACUACUGGAUAAUAUUCAAAAUAUUGCACGUGCUGUAGAGUUUGCUUUCCGCGUUGAAGAAGAUGCUGUUUGGAGCCAGGUGGGUAAAGCUCAGCUGAGGGAUGGUUUAGUGAGUGAUGCGAUUGAGUCAUUUAUUCGUGCUGAUGAUGCUACUCAAUUUCUGGAAGUUAUUCAUGCUGCUGAGGAUGGGGAUGUAUAUAAUGACUUAGUAAGAUACCUUUUGAUGGUUAGGCAGAAGACAAAAGAGCCCAGGGUGGACAGUGAACUCAUUUAUGCCUAUGCAAAGAUUGAUAGACUUGGUGAUAUUGAAGAGUUUAUUCUCAUGCCAAAUGUUGCUAACCUGCAUAAUGUUGGAGAUCGGUUGUAUGAUGAAGCCUUGUAUGAAGCAGCAAAGAUUAUCUAUGCAUUUAUUUCGAACUGGGCCAAGUUGGCCGUAACUCUUGUCAAACUAAAACAAUUUCAAGGUGCUGUUGAUGCUGCUCGGAAAGCAAAUAGCUCAAAGACAUGGAAAGAAGUUUGUUUUGCUUGUGUUGAUGCAGAAGAGUUCCGUUUGGCCCAGAUUUGUGGGCUCAAUAUUAUUGUCCAGGUCGACGACUUAGAAGAGGUCAGUGAAUAUUAUCAGAACAGAGGAUGCUUCAAUGAACUGAUCUCUCUUAUGGAGAGUGGUUUAGGGUUGGAACGUGCUCAUAUGGGGAUUUUCACUGAGUUGGGGGUCCUUUAUGCUAGAUAUCGCCAUGAGAAGCUCAUGGAACAUAUUAAACUAUUUUCUACCCGUCUCAACAUCCCCAAGCUUAUUCGAGCUUGCGAUGAACAACAACAUUGGAAAGAGCUUGUGUAUUUGUAUAUUCAAUAUGAUGAAUUUGACAAUGCUGCUUCGACUGUUAUGAAUCAUUCUCCAGACGCUUGGGAUCACAUGCAAUUCAAAGAUAUUGCAGUAAAAGUAGCAAAUGUAGAGCUUUAUUACAAGGCUGUCCACUUCUACUUACAAGAGCAUCCGGAUCUCAUCAAUGACAUGCUCAAUGUUCUUGCACUUCGAGUGGACCAUACACGUGUGGUGGACAUAAUGCGGAAGGCUGGUUAUCUGCAUCUUGUGAAGCCGUACAUGGUAGCUGUUCAGAGCAAUGAUAUUUCUGCAGUGAAUGAGGCUCUAAAUGAAAUCUAUGUUGAGGAGGAAGACUAUGAAAGGUUGAGGGAGUCAAUUGACUUGCAUGAUAACUUCGAUCAGAUCGGCCUUGCCCAGAAGAUUGAGAAGCAUGAACUUCUCGAGAUGAGACGUGUAGCUGCUUACAUUUAUAAAAAGGCUGGAAGGUGGAAGCAGUCAAUUGCGCUUUCUAAGAAAGACAAUCUUUACAAAGAUGCCAUGGAGACUGCUUCACAAUCUGGAGAUCGUGAACUUGCCGAGGACUUGCUUGUAUAUUUCAUUGAGCAGGGAAAGAAGGAAUGUUUUGCAUCUUGCCUUUUCGUUUGUUACGACUUGAUUCGUGCAGAUGUCGCUCUUGAACUCGCUUGGAUGAAUAACAUGAUUGACUUUGCAUUCCCGUACCUAUUGCAGUUUAUACGUGAAUACACAGGCAAAGUUGAUGAACUAAUCAAGGACAAAAUAGAGGCAGCAAAUGAAAUGAAGGCUAAAGAAAGUGAAGAGAAGGAUGUGAUUAAGCAACAGAAUAUGUAUGCACAGUUGUUGCCUCUUGCUUUACCUGCACCGCCGGGUAUGGGAGGAGCUGGAAUGUCAGGUUAUGGCCAGCCACCACCACCAGGUAUGGGUGGAAUGGGGAUGCCUCCAAUGCCCCCAUACGGCAUGCCACCAAUGGGAUAUUGAUUACUGUAGUCGGAAUUUGCAAGUGAUUAGACAUUGCACAGAGUACAAGGAAACUCUAGCAUUUAUAAUCCCCAGUGUUCGGUGCGGCACCUAAUGUUCAUUUAUUUUCCUUCUCUCUCGUGAUAGUGUUUUCAUUGGUCAAGGCAUAUAGGUCUCUGGUAAUAACAUCGUUUUACUUAUGGCUGUCAAUAGUUUGGAUAUAGAUGUCUCUUUGUAAUAUUCUUUCCUAGUUGAGCCGAUUUUUUGCAGCAUUUAGGUGGCGAGUUGAGGAUAAUCUUGUGUUGUAUCAAAAGGAUUGAUUAUGCAAUAUGCAACAAUUUGUAUUUGGUUUAUGAUCAUCAUUUAGACGUUUUGUUUUC